AUGGUAACGCGGCUACGGCCUAUCCAGUUGCUACGAGCAACAUCCCUUAGCAACGAAUACUGUACUUCCAGACGUCAGGAAAAGUUUGAAAACACAAGAGAGUACCUGCCGACAUAGUCAUUGUUUUCCAAAAGUUAUUAAUUAGAAAGAAAUAGACGUUUGCAGCCGCAUGCAAGAGACAAGACAAAAAACCCAAAUCUAGAAGGAGAACCUUAGCACGAGGGCGAGCUCAAAUCAAAAGAAAGGAUAGUUGGUAAAGCAAUGAAUUCAGCAACUGCAUCUGACUGGCAAUCUGACAAAUCAGCACAAAUUUUUCACACAGUUAAUGAAGUGUAUGGCCUGAGUAUCGAUCCACAGUCCAAGAAACGAGAAGACCUAAUUGAGGAAGUGGAGGAUCUGCUGAAAAAAUAUAUCCAAGAAGGUGAUCGACAAGCCAUUUUUUUGCUGGGACAACUCUAUUUUGAAGAAAGUAGAUAUGAAGAAGCCUUUUUGAAGUUUGCCAAAGUCAAGGAUACAGACCUCCAAGCACUGUACCAACUGAGUGUGAUGUAUUAUGAUGGACUGGGAAUCAAAGCAGACUGUAAAAAAGCAGUGGAGUAUAUGUCAAGGAUUUCCACGACAGCCUCUUUAAAAACUGAGCAUUUAAAAUAUGCUGCAUUAUACAACUUGGGGCGAGCAUAUUUUGAGGGCUUUGGUGUCAAACAGUCAGAUGAAGAAGCAGAAAGAUUGUGGCUUCUUGCAGCAGAUGAUGGAAACCCAAAAGCAAGUAUAAAAGCUCAGACUGCCUUAGGACUGUUUUACUGCCGACCAGAUACCUUGGACUUGAAAAAGGCCUUUUUCUGGCAUUCAGAAGCUUGUGGGAAUGGAAGUCUGGAGUCCCAGGGUGCACUAGGGGUCAUGUACCUUUAUGGAUAUGGUAUUCACCAAGAUACACAAGCAGCAUUUGAGUGCUUGAAGGAAGCAUCUGAACGAGGAAAUGUUUAUGCUCAAGGCCAUCUCGUCACCCAUUACUACAACAAAAAGUUAUAUUCAAGAGCUGCAGAACUUGCCAAAAGGAUGUCAAAAUAUGAGAAUAUAGCUGAGACUGCUAGAGUAACAGAUUGCCGGAUUGACUACAUACGGAAAGGUUUGGCUAUUGCUUUGUUCUACUAUGCAAGAUGUCUACAGCUGGGCUUGGGUGCCACACAGAACAGCAAAGAAGCUCAGUAUUACUACAGCAAGGCAGCCCUUCUUGAUCCAGACGUUGUUGCAGACCUCCAAACUGAAGUUAAUCAUGGGAUUCUUUAGGGCAUUCUACCUGGAUUUCGCCAUUUAAAGAUUCAAACGUGAUUCCAAAAAGGAAAACUUCACCAUUUCCCUGUU